CCGGCGGAGUGCUGGGUAGUCGCUCGCAGCCGUCAUGGCAGCGGAGGAGAAGGAUCCUCUGAGCUAUUUCGCGGCAUACGGGAGCAGCAGCUCAGGCUCCUCGGACGAAGAGGAUAACAUCGAGCCGGAGGAGACGAAUCGCAGAACCCCGGAUCCGGCGAAGUCGGCGGGCAGCUGUAGGAACAAGGCGGAGAAGCGGCUCCCGGGACCCGACGAGCUGUUUAGGAGCGUGACUCGCCCGGCUUUUCUCUACAAUCCGCUCAACAAGCAGAUAGACUGGGAGAGGCACGUCGUCAAGGCGCCUGAGGAGCCUCCAAAGGAAUUCAAAAUAUGGAAGUCAAAUUAUGUACCACCUCCUGAGACCUACACCACUGAGAAGAAGCCUCCGCCUCCAGAGCUUGACAUGGCAAUAAAAUGGUCUAACAUAUAUGAGGACAAUGGUGAUGAUGCUCCACAGAAUGCUAAGAAAGCUAGGCUUCUACCAGAAGGGGAGGAGACGUUGGAAUCAGCACUUGAAGAUCUUGAAAUCCAGAACUGAAUUGUAUGGUUCCCUGCCUUUCAGUAUACGUUGCACCUUAUUCUGGAGUGUUCUUUCUUAUCUCUGGCUAGUAAACUAAUUCAUCCUUCAAAAUCCAAAUCAAAAGAAGAAAUCUCAGGUAUCACCUCUAAUAAUUAUUUGCUCAUCUGUACCUUGUUUAUGCUAAUGCUGUUGAUUGCCCUCAUCACUUGUAUGUGAUUUUUUUAAAAGUCUGUCUACUUUAUGAUGAGUUCCUCAAAUAGAAGGAUUUGAAAUGUUUAUGUUUGUAUCGAGUACAUUGUAAGUAUUCAGUAAUUGUUGAACUAGUGUUUUGGACCAUUAUUUUUAAGAAAGAGUAUGCCAUUUUUGUUAAACAGAUUUCUGAUCUUCCCACAAUACAAGGGCUACUUAGCCCAUUUUUAACAGUCACGCAGGGAGUGAUGUUUUGUUUUAAGAGAAAGGAGACUGACUGGCAGGAGUUCUUUCUUUAAUUUUGAAUCUACCUAGCUUUUCCAUUACUUCUGACUUCCAAUAUGUAUUAGAAGUCACUAAUGAAGGAGCAUCUUCAGGAAGUAACAUCUUUUUGCAGACCUUAAAUGAUGUAAACAUUUAUAAUACCUCAUAUUGUACAAUCUUUUUGUUUUCUUUUCUUUUUUUUUUUGAGACGGCGUCUCUGUCGGUCGCCCAGGCUGGAGUGCAGUGGCGCCAUCUCGGCUCACUGCAAGCUCCGCCUCCCGGGUUCACGCCAUUCUCCCGCCUCAGCCUCCUGAGUAGCUGGGACUGCAGGCGUCCCACUCCCGGCUAAUUUUUUUGUAUUUUUAGUAGAGACGGGGUUUCACCGUGUUAGCCAGGAUGGUCUGGAUCUCCUGACCUCGUGAUCUGCCCGCCUUGGCCUCCCAGAGUGCUGGGAUUACAGGCGUGAGCCACCACGCCCGGCCAAUCCUUUUCAUAAUUAGUAAAAAUAUAUUUGCUUAAAUAAUCUUUAAUUAUUACAACACCUUGUGAAAUGAGAUAGAGAAAUGUGGAAGUGAUAGCUUACAUAACUUGUCCGAGGUCACAAACUAGAAAAUGCCAAAUUCUAAAAUAGGCACUUUCACACAGUUUUCUAAUUUAUUACUGCCAGCAACCUGAUACAGAAGUGCUACAUGACUCAUUAUUCCUGUUUUACAGAUGAUAAAACAAUCUGAGAUUAGGGAAUUUACCCAAAUUCUUUCACGCAGCUAAAGAAGAGGCAGAGUAGUAGGCAUUCAAAUCCAGACCUUUAAAUAGAAAUUAUGCCUUAUUAAACUGGGAUUUGGUCUCCUGAGGAAUAGCUGUUUCUCAACAGUGAGAUAUAGCUAUUCUUCUGUAGGGAGAAUGGCAGUAAAGAUACUAGGGUUGAUACUCAAACCAGAUUUCCAUAGGCUGGUGCUCUCACAUCUUUGUCAUUAUAUGGAAAAAAACAGGAUUAUACACCAGGGCAAGCAAGAAAGAAUUAUCUUUUUUCUAGCUUAGCUUUUGAGUUAAGUUAGAAGGAGUUCCAAAUAUGUGGCAAAUAACACUGCUAUUCACAUAGAUAAUUUCUGUCUUUUUGAUCACAUGAUGGUCCUUUAUUGGAAAACAAAUACAGGCAAAAUCAAAUAACAGACCCACUUUUUAGAAGUGAUUUUUGCCAUUUCAGAUUCCUAUAUCAUAAACCCACUGUAAAAUCAAUUUGUGUUAUAAUUUUUUAGCCUUUCUUUUUCAUUCAUAAAACAUGUAUCAGAAAUUCUACGCUCUUAUCCAAAUUUUAGAUUAGCAAGUUACUUUUUUUGCUUCCCCAUUCUGCCCUUUGGCCUUUUAUUGCCGGUUAACGUCUUCCAGUUACUUUAGAGGAAGAGCUGGGAAAGGUUCAGAACUCAUCAUUGGGUCUUGCUGCUUAUCAGCACUUCAGGUUUUUUGUUUUUUUUUUUGAGAUGGAGUCUCGCUCUGUCGCCCAGGCUGGAGUGCAAUGGUGCGAUCUCAGCUCACUGCAACCUCCGCCUCCCGGGUUCAAGCGAUUCUUCUGCCUCAUCCUGCCAAGUAGCUGGGACUACAGGCACACGCCACCACGCCCAGCUAAUUUUUGUAUUUUUAGUGGAGACGGGGUUUCACUGUGUUGGCCAGGGUGGUCUCGAUCUCCUGACCUCGUGAUCCGCCCGCUUCAGCCUCUCAAAGUGCUGGGAUUACAGGCAUGAGCCACCGCACCCUGCCACUUCUGGUUUUAGUGGUUGUAAAAUGUAGGUAAGCAAAGCUUAGUUAUUAGUUGUAGCUUUAUUGACAUGUAUAAUAAUUGUAAAAGCAUAAUUAAUAUAGUGAUUUUUAGUUUACACUUUUUAGAAUUUAGAAAGUUUGUAUAUUGAUAAGUUAAACUUACUUGAGUGAUUUGAGUUCCAUAAUAAAAAAAUUGUUUCCUUACCAGUACAUCUAUACUAUAUGAGACCGAGUAAAAAAGCUCAGUAAAGUUGAUAAAUGAACAUUGCUCAGAUUUUUUCCCCUACUCUAGUUUAUAAAGCAAUGCCUUGUCAUGACACUAGAUGGCAUAGCACUUCUGCUCAAAUCACUGAUAGCCAGUUACUUUUUAACUUCAGUAGUUUGUGGUUUUGUUAUUCAGUUAAUUUACUUGUAAUAAGUGGCAAAUUAAAAGCAAAAAUAUCUCAAUAUCAUCUUCUAAAUGUAUGUUAAUGCAUAGUGAAUAUUAUAGUAAACUUAGUACUUUACAUUUUUAUAUUAUCACUACUGAAAAUCUCAAAAGAGGAACUUAGUGAUAAUUAACUCCAGUUAAAAAGCAAAAGGUAUUAGCAGGGCAUGGUGGUGGGUGCCUGUAAUCCCAGCUACUUGGGAGGCUGAGGCAGGAGAAUUGCUUGAACCCAGGAGGCGGAGGUUGCAGUCACCCAAGAUCAUGCAACUACACUCCAGCCUAGGUGACAAGAGUGAAACUCCGUCUCAAAAAAAAAAAAAAAAAAAAAAAAAUCAGUUUAUCCAAGGCAGUAUAUCAGAAAGAAAGAAGCAAUAGAGAACUAGUAUUGUUCUUGUAUGCGUUAGACUUUACAUAAUAUUAGUUGUCCUGAUGUCAGUGUUACUGCUUUCAAUUAAUUCUUCUACUUUCCCAGAAUAGCAUCUAUAUUGCUUUUAAUUUUGAGGGUUUUAAAAAAAAAUGCAGUGUAUGUCAAAUGUACAGUUUAGUACCAAGCCAGUAGAUGUCAGUAUGAUGCCUUAAGUCUUCUUUAAUUAAAGAUAUUUUUUUAAAUUAAAAAAAAAAGCAAAAGGUGCCGGGUGCAGUGGCUCACGCCUGUAAUCCCAGCACUUUGGGAGGCCGAGGUGGGUGGAUCACGAGGUCAGGAGAUCAAGACCAUCCUGGCUAACAUUGUGAAACCCUGUCUCUACUAAAAAUACAAAAAAUUAGCUAGGUGUGAUGGCAGGCACCUAUAGUCCCAGCUGCUUGGGAGGCUGAGGCAGGAGAAUGGCGUGAACCCGGGAGGUGGAGCUUACAGUGAGCGGAGAUGGCACCACUGCCCUCCAGCCUGGGCAACAGAGCAAGACUCCAUCUCAAAAAAAAAAAAAAAAAGCAAAAGGUUUGGCUUGUUUGGGUGAUAUACCAUGUUAUUUGGUUUGUAGAGCCAGUAUUUUUGUGUGAACAUGAUGAACUACUGACUAAAACUUUGAUUUGUAAAUUCCUGGGGUGAGUUGAUCUGAAUUGUAUUUUAUUCCACUGCCUACAUAAAUCCAUAGUGCUCUGUGAAUAAUGUGAAUAACAUCACCGUGCUGUGCUUGAAGGGGAGUGAAGAUGAAUGGUAUUGAUUGUUAUCUGCAUCAGUAAAUGAGAUAUUCUGAUUAUGGUACAGUUAGCAGAAGGGAAUUGAAGGCUUGAGAUUUUAAUAUUUCCUUCAAGGAAUUUAUGAUCUGAUGUCAGUGGUUCCCCAUAGUUUUUAAUAUGAAGGCUUCUUUCAAUAUCGAGAUAUUUUAUAGAUCUCCACAGGAUAACCUGUUGAACUUUUUGAGUAUCUGUUGAUCAAGAAAAUAAAGUCAAAAGCUACAAUUAAUUAGUAAUGUGCUCAAAAUAAAUUUGUAUUUUAUAAAUCGUAACAUCUUUUCCAUGUUACUCUGUCUAUACGGGGUUCUUAAUACCACACGUUUGCUUAGGGAGAUGGAAUUAGCAACUAGUCUGUGCUACCCUGUAUUUUUUUUUUUUAACCAUGUAGUUGGAUUUUUUAAAAUAGAAUAAAAGAGUUCACUUUUUCAGGUUUGACAACAUUUUUAUGAAUUGGAAAUUUUCUGUGGCUACAGAUACUAUUAACAUUUUGGAAAGGUGUAAAGAACAUUGUUUUAAUGUACGGCUCUUCUCUAACCUCCCUCCCCUCUCCAAAUUCUCCAUGAUGUGAAGUAGGAAGAUAUGUAUUUUUCUGUUGCCAUUAGAAUGUUCUGGCCAUCCUAGGAAUGGGGACGGGGAGGGCGGGGGUGGGAAUUAGAACUUACUAGAAUAAAAUUCCAAAUAGAGGUUUGGGGAAACCUACUUGUGAGUGCUUUUUAACCUCAAAAUAAGGAUUUGGGGUGGGUGGAGAAGGUGAUGGGGAAGAAGAAGUUGUUUUUGGAGGAGAGAAAGCAGAUUGAAAGGAAAAGGACAACUGAUAGCCACUUAAAUAAUGUCAUCAUUAGAUUGAUACCUAUUUUUUGUAAAAAGAAAACAAUAUGCUCCAUUCUUACAAAGCAUUGAUUGUAUUUGAAUAUGCACAAUGUAAAUACUAUCAUGCAGUGGUGUCCAAGGGAGAUAAUACAGUCAUGAGUUCUUAGUUUCUGUUACUGGUUGAGCCAAUAAAGCCCCUUCGUCAUCCUUUUCUGCUUAUCACUAGCGACAGAAACUAAAAACUAUGGCUUCAGGCUGCUAAAAGCCUAAAACAAAACAGAACAACAACAACAACAAAUAAGGCAGGUUGGACAAGCUUGCUGAGUAUUUGGGAGCCUUUUUCAAAAGUCUAAUUUGGGGGAAGUAAAGUCACUUAUUUUAAGCUACCUUAAUAUAACACCUGAAGAGUCACUUUGUGAAUUUUGUAUGGCUGCAAUUGAAAAAAAAAAUUGCUCACUUUCACUUGCAUUUAAAAAUCAGAGCUCUAAAAGUUAAUUCUUGUUUUUUAUUGGGAAACUCUGAGAGAAACAUUAGUUGAUGAGGGUAACAAUUUUGGUAUAAAGCCAGUGAAAUUUUAAUGCUUAACAUGUUGGGUUUUUUAAAAUUACUGAUUGAAACUCUUUUUUUCUA